AAAUCCAAAUUGUACUGGGAGUUCGCCGAGUGCGUGUGUGUAUGUCAAGUCUUCUAGUGCAAGUGUUUCGUUGAUUGAACUUGUAGUUUAAUAAUUUUGGUUUAGCGACAUUUAUUAUCGGUAAAACCUGAGUGGACUAGAUAUUUUAUUCCAUCGUAUACUUGGCUUUGUAGAUUUGACAGGAGAGAAAGAUCAAGGUUAACAACGAAUAUUUUAAAUCAUUAGAUGAUGGACAAUAUGUGGCUGGAGGGUGCGAUCCAAGCGAUCAAGGCCCUGGCCUUUGUCUGUGAUAUUGUCACCUAUCCGCUGUAUCUACUGCUGCAGCGGCCCUGGGAGAAGAAGCGUCUCUCCAGACGGCCCAAGGCCAAGGCAGUGACAAGAGAUGACAAAUCAAUCACCUACCGUAGUCUGGAGAGUAUCGGAGAGAUCCACAGCCAGGUGCUGAGGGCUAAGGUUGACACCAUGGAGAAGAUGUUGCUCUAUGUUGUCAAGACCUUCCGUGACAAGAAGUGUCUGGGUACACGACAGAUUCUGGCAGAGGAGGACGAGGUCCAACCCAACGGCAGAAUAUUCAAGAAGUACGUCAUGGGGGAGUACCAGUGGCAGACGUAUGAGGAAGUUAACCAGUUGGCCACCCACUUUGGACGAGGUUUGAGGGAGUUGGGUCAUAUGCCACGUAAAAACAUCGCCAUAUUCGCCGAGACCCGAGCUGAAUGGAUGAUUGCCGCUCAUGGUUGCUUCAAGCAGAAUUUCCCAUUGGUAACGCUGUAUGCGACGCUGGGAGAGGAUGCGAUCGCACAUGGUAUCAACGAAACAGAGGUGACGAUUGUGGUGACCACUCACGACCUGCUGCCCAAGAUCAAGAAUAUCCUGCACCGCACGCCCCGCGUGGCUACCGUUAUCUACAUGGAAGACCAGCUGCACUCCACAGACACUAAGGGGUUCAAGGAUGGUGUCGACAUCAUUCCCUUCCAGCAGGUGGUCUCUAACGGCCAAGCCUCCUCUAUGGAGGGUGUUCCCCCGACCAAAGACGACAUUGCCAUCAUCAUGUACACCAGUGGGUCCACCGGAGUACCCAAGGGAGUCCAGAUCACCCACAGCAACAUGAUGGCCACCAUGGGAGCAUUCUCAGACGCUGUUACCAUUUACGACGAUGAUGUAUUCCUUGGCUUCCUUCCUCUGGCCCAUGUCUUUGAAUUGCUGACGGAAUCAGUUUGCUUGUUGUGUGGAGUCUCCAUCGGCUAUUCCACACCUCUCACCAUGAUUGACACCUCCAGCAAGAUCAAGAAAGGCACGAGGGGAGACGCCAGUGUGCUUCACCCCACAUGUAUGACGGCUGUACCGCUAAUUCUGGACAGGAUAUACAAGGGAGUAAAUGAGAAAUUGUCGAAGGCUGGCCCACUCAAGAGGGUACUGUUUGACUUCGCUUUCGAAUACAAAAGGACCUGGAUGAAGAGAGGCUUCAGCACACCACUUAUUGAUAGGAUGGUGUUUGCCCAAACCCGCAAGCUGCUAGGUGGUCGUGUCCGCUUGAUACUGUGUGGCGGGGCCCCGCUUUCACCCGACACUCACGAGCUCAUCAAGGUCUGUCUGUGUGAGGGUGUCAUCCAAGGAUACGGCCUUACGGAGACCACUUCCUGUGCUACCAUCAUGAGCAUAAACGACAGAUCAAGGGGCAGAGCAGGAGGCCCUGCAACAGUGUGUGAGGUCCGACUGGUCGAUUGGGAGGAAGGCAACUACAGAGUCUCCGACAAACCCUUCCCUCGUGGAGAGAUUGUUAUUGGAGGUGCAAACAUCUCCCCUGGCUACUACAAGAAUCCUGAGAAAACCAAGGAAGACUUCUUCGAGGAGGAGGGCAGGAGAUGGUUCAGGACUGGAGACAUUGGGGAGAUCCAUGAAGAUGGUGUCUUGAAGAUCAUAGACCGCAAGAAGGACCUUGUGAAGCUGCAGGCCGGAGAGUAUGUCAGUCUGGGUAAAGUGGAGGCUGAGCUCAAGACCUGCCCUCUGGUGGAGAACAUCUGCGUCUACGGUGACGCAAGCAAGGACCACACUGUGGCUCUGCUGGUGCCCAAUCCGAGUCAGCUGUCGACAUUGGCACAAUCGCUCGGUCUCGGCGCAGACCUCACCUUCGAACAGCUCUGUGUCAACCGCAAGGUGGAACAGGCAGUCAUUGGUCAGCUCGCUGCACAUGGCAAGAAAUGCAAACUAGAGAGGUUUGAGAUCCCAACUGCGGUGAAACUCUGCACUGAGGUUUGGUCUCCGGACAUGGGACUAGUUACCGCUGCGUUCAAAUUGAAGAGGAAAGACAUUCAGGAGAGAUACCAACACGAGAUCAACCGCAUGUAUGCUUCAUGAUCACUUGCGUUCCAUUCAGACGUUUUCACCUCAACUGUAACAUAAGUGUAAAAUUGUCUCUCUUUCUGUAUAAAUAGCACUACUGAUUUACACUUUUUUUUAAACACUAAGGGGUUAUUUUAUUUGAAUUGUUUUUCCUUUUUUUUGUACUGAUAUUAGUAAUUAGGAUUUGUAAAUAGCUUAAGAAUGUAUUGUAGUUUCCCGCACAGACGUUCUUGCCUGCGCUCGGGAUGAGCGUCUGUGGAGCAUAUGAGAUGUAUAUAUUGUCUACUUAAUUUAUAAAUAUAAUUAGGUAUAUCGGUUCUAUUUCUUAGCUUUAGCUCAAUGAAACAUCACUUGUAUGUCCUCGUUAAGUGUUUUAUAAUUAUUUUAGUUACACUUUUAUUUCCACGGAAAUGUCUUCGUUUCCAGAGACCAUGUGAAUUUUUCUUGUGGAAAAGUCUUGAUGAUUUUGUGUUUGUGUCCGUAAAAUGUGGUUUAUUUUUAAACCGUUUCACGCUCCAAUGCUGUUUAUUUUCUUGAUUCGGAGAACAUAAAUUCUCAGUUUGUCCUAGCAUAAUAUGUAUGUAGUACUAGUUGUGAUGUUAAAUCCAAUGGAUUGAUGUUAAAGGCUAUUUAUUGUUAUUCAUUCAGCAUGAUGCCAGGUAUUGUAUACUUAAAAAAGUAAUGUAUAACGUCAGUUUCUGGUGUUAAUUAAAGAAAGUUAGUACUAGUUUCGUUAAAUUCGUUAUUGUUUUAUACUUGUAACAAUUACAUAAUUCCUAGUUCACUACUUCAGGUUACAUUUUAAUUUAUUCCAUCAUAAUAAUUAUUGCCACUAAGAGCGUGUUAUUUCUAAAUUUGUUUUGUAUAUUGUUGAUCUUUUUAUUUAUUUCCUUCUACUUGGUACCUUAUUAUCGAGUCUUGUUAGUAUAUCAGUAAUGGUUGUGAUUUAGAAUUAUCUUUUAAUUGAUUGUUAAUUUACAGAUACUCAUCUUCUUAAAAGAACAGGUAGGCAAGUGCAGUUUUGAAUGCCAAGCAUUGCAAUUUGUAUGUACUAUAUAAUAUUGAUGUAUUUUGUACACAUUUACGAACAAUAUAGAUUCCGUUUUGUUGGACCUCGGAGAUCAUUAUACUGUGCUUAGUUUUUACAAAGAAUAUUAUAAAGGAGCCUAUUGUAUGUAAUACAAAGCUGUAUUUAGAUACUUAAAUGUGUCAAUUGGAUUCGUUGAUUAGUUGCAAUGUAUGAAAACUUGAAACUAUGUUGAAAUCAAAAUUAAAAUAAAAAUAUUCCUGUGUUAAA